AUGGCAGCGCGGGGUUCUUUUGCGUGCCCUCCUUCGGAAGGUCAGCAGUACGCCACCUCUGCGGCCUUUGCGCCGCUCUCGCCUCUUCCGCCGUCGUGUGUUUCGCCUACUUGCGGAGCCCCUGCAUCCCUGUUCAGCUUGACUUCGGGGGCAUCCAGUUCAGCGGCUACCAUUCAGCAGAGCUCCGCAGACGGAAAUGCAAGUGGACCAUCGACCCCGCUGUCGGGCAUAGUCAGCUUUCUAGGCAGGCAUGAUGUCUCGAGCCCAUGGAGCGGCGUGCCGCUUCCAAUUGGUCGUUCUUUGCCGCCACAGUCAGCAAGCAUGCAGACAACCGGAUUAGGCACGGGGGAGGGGGGGGCUGCAGGCGGUACAACGUCGCCCCAGGGUAGCGUGUCUUCCUCCGCAUACUGUGCUACACCAGGGCUGCCGUGCGGCGGAUCGACGACGCCUUCAUUCGCGCCUUUCCAGCUUCCACAACCGUUACAACCUCUUGGGUCCGCUCUAGUCCCUACAGAUCUAGGGCAGGUGUACGGCAGCGCACCGCUGAACAGCACCACGAUUCCCGGUCCUUCAAGCGGGCCUCAGGGACCUGGUUUGGCGCAGGGAACGUUUUCGGGGUGCAGCGGAGGAAGCGAAAGAGGUGUGAUUGGCCCCAUGAAUCCGGCGGGAGCGGUCAUUUCUCCGAUACCACUGCAGGCUUCAGGCGUUCCUGUGUCUCGCCAUUUUGAUGUCCGGCGCCCAGCACCGUUCGAUCUGGCCAAAUUUGAUCGUAGAGACCCGCACAUCCAUUUCUAUCUGCCAGUCGACUGCCCUCACAGCAGAAGGUGUUCUGAUGGCUGUUGCCCUUUGGCUCACACGAAGCUGGAGAAGAUCUUCCAUCCAAUAGUAUACAAGACGCAGACAUGCCAGAUGUCGUUGAGCAGCCGAUGCGAGUACUACAGCAAGUGUGCUUUUUACCACACAGACAAAGACCGCUUAGAGGCUGAGUUUGCGUGGCGCCUGUGGGAGCAUCGUUGGAGUUCCUGGAGGCAACAGGUGGAUCAAAUCCUCGGGCUCCACAACAAGUUGGAGAAGGAGAUCAAACGCAAAGUGGAAGGGAUUCUGAAAAUCAGAAUGCCAAGGCAGCAGCCGAUACAGCGCCAACAGCUGCGGCAACUGACCCUCGAGGCACACGCAGCGGCGUUGGGUCAGAGCAUCGCUGGCCGUCGGGGGUCGCAAGCUCGACAACCUGCGACAGUCCCAACUUCUGAACAUCACUCUCAUUCCCAGCAGCGGUUGACGCAGUGUUUGCAAACUCAGCAGCACUUACUUUCGCCCGUAGUACACCACACCGCAAGGAGUGUUUCCGCUUCACAGGGCGUUCAAGGGCUCUCCAGCAUACCGCCAUCUUCACUACAGAUUGACCAAGGAGCACAGGCCGCGAGCGUUGGCCUUCAGAUUCAUGCCAGCCCGUCAGCAGUUCCGCAGAGGCAGUCCUCGUCUGACGCGUCGUGGUUGUGGGUGGCUGAGGGUGCGUGCCAGCCAGAUUUGAGGCGAAGCGGCAUCGAAGCGCAGGGGACCUACGGCGCAUCGCCAAGCCUCCGGGAUAUCGGAACCGGGCCGCUGUCAGGUGUGCACACAAUGGGGAAGAGUGACACGUUGUUGUACUCGCUCGACAGCGGGGAUCCGUCCGCGUCCUCGAGGAACCGUCCGGGUUUUCAUGAUUCACAGGGUCAGAGAAUAGGAACUAGCGAAGCCGAAAGCGGGGCGGGAGGUCGGAGUCGGGAGCCUGCGGAAUUCUGUUGUUUGGGCCCUUCGACGCCAAUGCACAUGAUGUCUGGCGACCAGGAGAACCGAAUCGCCAGGGGGUUCGACGCAUUCGCAAUCAGUUCCGGGGUUUCCGUAACCAGGGGAGCUGCGCGACGACCGAGCGGCACCGACCUCUCUGGCCUUUCUCAGCGGCAAGGUUCCUUAGGUGCUGAGGCUGUAAUCGACUUCGCAGCGUCUACCGGCCGGGACACGCUGGAGGACAUGUCACCUAUCGCUGCGAAGCAGUACGCAGCACUUCGGUCUCAGGCUGUAUCUAGGAGCGGUAUUGACGAAUCACAGUUCCAUGCCGGCAGUAUCGACAGCCUGUUCCAAGGGAGUGGGGGGGUAGAUGUCCCCACGCGCAGCGGUGGACGGCACGGCGAAGAGGAGACCUUGCGCUGCCCCUCGCCCGGUUCAACAGUCGCAUUUCCGUCUUUCGCAGCCGCGAGACACGCUGAACGCGAUAUGAGUCUCCGCGAAACUCUCCACUUCGGGACUGUUCAGAUGUCUCCUGUUCAAGGUAUCCCAGGUACCUGGACGGCUGGAGGCACGCGAGCAGGCGGCACACUUCAGUGCGCACCGCGGAGCGUGCAACUGCACAGCCACCAGUCGGUCAGUCGAGAGAGUGCAGCAGAGGAGAGAACGUCGUCAAGCUCGUCGUCCAUCUCGCUGAUUUCCGGAGAUGCGUUUUCAAUGAGUUCACCCGCCAUGUCAGGUGGCGGGAGUUCUCGAGGAGAUAGAGGCGGUACCGAUGGAGUAGCUGGCGUGCACAGCAAGACAGGAAAGUCCGUGAAGGCGGAUACUGCGCGUCCCGAGAAUGUGAAAAAGAGUGAGGGGAAAGACGCUUCAGAAGGCAAGCAGGGAAGACUUGCCGUGGACGAACAGCGUCAGGCGCAGGGCGAAGCAAGGUACGGGCAGGAAAGACAGCAGCGAGACGCUGCUUCAAGGCAAGGGGAUGCCGAUUACUACGAGUCUGCGCCAGCGUUUCAUACGUCGGGGUCUCAUGCAGUGCUGCCAGGUCGGCAGCCGGAGAACCUCACGCUUUCUGCAGCGCUACGUGAGGAUCUGGACGUGCAGCAGCACCAUGCGCCGUACUCGGCUCAUGGCGCAGGUGCGGCACUACCAACCGCAGCGUCUGACUAUGCUCCGUACACACUCUUGGAUUUUUGUUUCUUGGACGAAGAUAACGAAAGCAGCCCCGGAUUUCGGACUCUAGGCAGCGGCGCUGAUGGCCGGUCGAGUUACUUUCGUGCUAACGUCGACGGUCAGUCUGGUGCACCAGUUGGGCCGUCAGGCGGCGCCUCCUUGCCUACGGAGUCACUGGUGUCCCGUGGCGAAGAAGGGGGCAGAACGGCGACGGCCGACGGAGAGGAGGGAAGGGUAGAUCGCGGCGAUGCUGGAGCAGGAGGCAGGAUCAGUGGAGUUGGCGGUGGCAGACCCAAGAGAGAAGAGUUGUCGCAGAGUGGCUUCGCCACCCUCUUAGACCCGGAGUUCCCGCCGCUGAACUCUCCCCCUCCAUUUGCUUCCAGAAUAGGGACAGGCGAAGAAGGCAAUUAUGACGUGGAAGGAGAACGCACAGCGGGGCGCCGCGCCACUUCGACAGCCGUGUUCGACUUAGAGGCACCCCAGUUUUACUGGCUUCCACAGGCGGCAGGACAGCGUUCGUCCGAAGCUCUGCCUGAGGCCAACCAUGCAGUUGCACCUUCGCCGGUUGUGGAGUCAGAGCGGAAGGAUACAUUUGCUUAUGCGCCACAACCCGCGAGGGGCUCCGAGUCGAGUUGUAGCAAGUUUUCCCUUCUCGCUCCAGGAUUCUGUGGAUCUGGAGUGGAUGCCUUUAGAGAAGAGGUAGCACUGAGGCAGCGGUUGUCGGGCAGCUCGUCGCGAACAUCUGCCUUCUUAGCUCCCUCUCAUCGACAGCAAGAAAGCUCCGUACUGCAGGGAAUAUACAAGAGUGAAGACGGUGCCUCCACAGAUUCUCCUGGUGCAUCCCGAGCUCGAAGCUUGGAGGCACGCGGGCAGAUGCUGCAAGCAGGCUUGCCGUGUAGCACGGAACCCGAGCAACUGGUCGACUUCACAGAGCGGAUGAAGAGUGCCAGGGCAGCCGUGAGUGGCGCGGGUUUUCAGGCAGCCGCUUCUGAGCGCUACAAAGAGAAUUUUGCAGUGAUAUAUCACUCUCCCUCGAUACCAGAAAUGUCGCAACCCGUUCGUCUGAAUGAGCAACGACUUGCCACUCGCCUCCCCCAGAGGGAGACACACAUAGACGACGCCGCUGGACUCCCGGAGACUGAGGAAGCGCAGAAGGAAGGCUUUGGGUAUAUCUGCCGGCCUGUCCAGCACCAAAGGAGCAUACAGGGUGAUGCUCAGCUCGGUGAUGGGAGAGAUGAGAAAACUGAGGAACUUAGCGAAGAACGCGAGCGUGAGAAGGAAGACAACGGCGGCAGCGGACGGGACGUUCUCGGGCAGCCGACUGACACUGUUGCAAAAUGUUCAAGAACCGAAGCAGAGAAGGAUUCGGAGCCUGGAGACCUGCGGGCCGUACCUUCUUUUAUAUCAGAGUUCGCUGCGCAGCCGUGCGGGACCGCAGCAGCGGCUUUAGAUAAAGACCAUUCCCCUGACGUUAAGUUGCGAGGAGCUGCUCAGGGCGAUCGAAGCCGGAGGUCAACAGUUGCCAGCAUCAUGGACCCGUCCAGUCGCUGCAGCACAUCGUCUACAGGAUUCGAGGAUUUCCUCCCACGAGGAGAUAACUCGUCAGCUGUGUUUGGUUUUCCGUCUCGUGCGAACAGCUUCUCCGCAGGUGGCAUUGCGGGUCUUCCUCGGUUUUCCAGAAGCAGUGACUGUGUGAGCCCGUUCUGCUUACGACAUGCUAGCCGAGCACUGGAUAGCCUUUCUGUUGCAAUCUCCACCUCGUCAGAGUGUAUGGAUGCCACAAGUCCCGCAUCAAAUUCGGGCCUUGGGUUUCUGACCAGUGUUCCAGAGGAAGGGCGUGUCGGUCGCUCAGAAGGUUUGUGUGGCUCUGAAGCAGAAUUUGGAGAAGAGGCACGUGCGAAGCCGACCGGCAAGGCUACGCGCAGUCCGCGGGCCGCGGACGUUCCCGGGCGAGAUACAGAGGCGGCUGUCUCUGGAGCAGAAAUGCCGGCGUGUGUUCGCGUACAGCCUGGUCUUCCGGCGGGCGUGCAGGGGUCAGACGAGCAGGCGAGGUGCGAGACAGGAAACGUGGUAAGGGAAGAAGGGAAACAAGAUGUUCAAGACGAUAUCGAGACAAAACGUGGUGAUCUCUUAGCAGGACGCGCUGAAGAUACUGUGGACGAGCGACAUGUCUCAAGCAGACACAGAUCUUUGGAGGGGUAUGUUGGCGGCCAAGAACAUAGCGAUAAAUGCUCGCAAUGUGUGUACUACCAGCACCUGACGGAGCAGUUGAAGGGUAUGCUUAGCACAACGAUGGAGGAGGUGCAGCGACUGCGCUGUAGAACUGGAAGUUUACGGAGGGACGGCGAGGGUGAGAAAGUCGCACUGAGUCGUCUUGAGAGAGAUUUAUUUCCCGCGUCAGGACUCUUGUUGGAGGAGACGAGCUUAAUCUCCUGUCCAGACGCCGAUGUGACAAAGGCAAGCCUCGUCUUCCCAACUUCCUCUCUAUCAAGCGUUCACUCGAGCCGGAAGACGGCAUUCUUUUCUAUUGUACCAGUGCAGGAAGGGGAGCCGCCGGUGGCAGGAGCUGGUGGCGGAACAGUGGACGAGGGGGGUGCAGUGAUACAGUCAGCGGAUAAGUGUGGCAUCACGGGACAACCUGCAAGCAAUGAGAUGAGUGCGGAAGGACGGGUGUACGGAGAACAUCACGUGGGUGACCGAGCUGGAGGAGUUCGAACGCGACCAAAGGCACCCCCCGGUUGUGGUCGAGUUGAAGAAGAAGACAUGCGACAGGCAGCUUCAGUGUCACCAGUGACUAUGCCCCCAGCAGCGCACCCACGUGUGGACAGUGUAAGGGAGGGUGAACGGCUCGGAGGGUUUCUAGGCUCGCAGGAAGGCGCGUCAGACACGGCGGAGGUGAAGACGCAAGAGCAUAUCGGAGCCUCAAGCGAUACAGAGGGGAAAGCGAAGGACGAGAAGCCCGUGGAACAAACUGGGGGAACCCAGGCUGGACUGGGUGAAGCUCCAGCUCGAGGGAGAGCCGCCAUACCGAAGGAAUCAGCAAACUUCAAGGGCUCCGCGCCGCGCGGCGUAACCGGGGAUCUGUUGGCCGCUAGAGGCACCUCAGCCACUGAGAGGCCAGCUGGUCAGGAUGUGUGCGCAGGAGGACCUAACGUUUGUUCCGGCCUUCAGGCUAUAGAAAAUGUCUCGUCGGCAACCAGUGCUGGAGCCUCGGGCCACGCAUCUAGAGAGGAAAAUAGCAACCGAGUGAAAGGUAGAGACGUGCUCUCCAAGGAAACCGAUACAGCUCGUCGGGAAACGCAGGGAGGCGACCGCGGCCAAGGUGGAAUGACCGCAGACACCAUGUGA